CGGAAAUUGCCGAAAGAGCUUUCCGGAAGUGAAAUGUCAAAAAUGAAAACAAAGCAACACCCCAAAAUUUAAGAGGCAAUAUAAAGCAAAUAUGUUUAGAAAGAAAGGUCCAUCUGAGGUUGAGAUUGCACAAGAGAAUGAGGUAAAGAUCGGAAUAACACAGGAGUUUGCGCAGGCUCUGAAGACAGUACAGAAGGAGAAUAUUGGGACUGCUGAUCAGGCUGUGUAUAGUACUGAUACAGCAAACUCAGUGUGCAACUGUCUGGAAGCUGUCUUUUUACAUGGACUUAAAUCAAAGGCUUUAAACAAGAUUGCCAGCUAUGUUGGCGUUGGUCAACAAGCCACAGUACAGACUAACUUGAAUUUCUGGGGUUUGGUGUCACGAAUUACCCACAGUGAGGUUAUUGCCCAGUUGAAACAUCUCGGUCAGAUCACAACAGAGGUGGGAUUAUGCAGGGCGUGGGUGAGAGUGGCGUUGAAUGAUGGGAUUAUGGAGAGCUACAUUGAUGCCAUUGUUGCCGAUGUGAAAACACUCGAGUACUACUACCAAAGGACGGCGUAUUUACGGGACAGUGAACAGCCAGAGAUCAUGAAGAGCUACCUUCAAGGCCUGAUGCAUUUCCAGUUCAAACUGUCAUACAACGCUAGUGUGCUGAAUGAAUGGGCCUACCCCCCUCUCCUGCUUGCGGGGGUUAUAGAUUCCAAGGAUGCCCCACCCCCUAUAAUCAAACAUCCAGUCACCCAGCCAGUAGAAGCACAGCCAAAAACGUCAAGUUCACACCAAAACCUGGAACCAGUAGAUCCUGAUCCAAACAAUUCGGUGGAGGUCAGAAAAAUAAGGUCAAGGUCACGAGGAAACAAUGACACUGACAGCAAAGGUCUUUCAAAAAGUUCAAGGUCAAAGGACAACCCUAUGGAGCAGCCAAGAUUCGGGUCGCCAAGAUCUAGUUAUUAUGUUACUUCUUCAGAAUUUACGUCAAGAGAUGUUGAAGAAUUUAAGAAAUUGUCAUCAAAGGCCUCAUCAAAGGCAAAGUCAGAGUGUUCCACUUCCAGUCAUGUUUCUUGUCCUGAUCCCCCUCAUAUGAAUUUAAGCCCUGCUGAUUAUGUAAGAAAAAUGUACAAGAGUUCAGAAGGGUCCCCAGGGUCAGAAAAAACAUUUUGGAGUCAAGAGAGCGGUAAUAGGUUUAACGGUUCAGAAAAAAACUAUGAAAGUCUUGAAAAUAAAGCUGAAAGCACUGAGCAUUUAAGUGCACUUGAUUAUGAUUCUUCAUAUGGAGGUGAUACUGAAAAUGAGGGGAAAGAAAAAGAAAGGACCAAAACAAAAGAACUAGAGGAAAGUUGGGAAGAAUUCUAUAAAAGUCCUGUUCAGAAACAGAAAGAAACUUUUGACAAAAGGAAGUUUCAAAGGUUGGACUCAUUUAAUAGAGAAAUGAAAGAAAAAUCAAUUCUACAUAGUUAUGAUGAUACUUUAGCUGAUAAGAGUGAGCACAAUGGUAAUGAAAGUUUGAAAACAUUUGAAUCACAUUCCAAGAUGAAGGUUAAAGCAAUUGUUAAAACUACGGAAGAUGUUAAAGAAAAUGAAGAUGAAAUUGAUUGGGCAAGUGCAUUAAAUGAAUCAAAACAGAUUGGCUCAGAUACAAACACUAAAAAGUAUGAAGUUACAAUUCAAAGUCAAGUCGAAAAAGUAGACACUGGGGAGAUAGAUGACCUUUUAAAUAUUUCUCAGAAACUUCUCAAUGAAUUGGGUAUUGAAGAUGUUGAAGAAUCAGUUGAACUCGUAAAAGAUGAGAUUGAAACAUCUGACAAAAAAUCACUUGAGGAGAAAGAUGCACAUGCACAAGAAACUGUUACAGACAGUAAACCAAAUAUUGACAUAUCACAACCAAUUCUUAUAGAAGAAAAAGUAAAGAUAGAGUCAGAUGAUGAUAAUGAACGGAUUGGUGGAAGAACUACAGCUAGUCCAAAAAAGAAGAAGAAAGGAAAAUCUAGAAGCUCUCUUGAAAAGUUAAAGCCCCAAUUAAGCCUUAGUCCACCAAAUUCUGAAGCUUUACCUCCAGAGCUUUCUGAUGCAACAGCUGACAAAGUUGAUAGGAUAGAAACAGAUGGUAAAUCAGAAUACUUUGCAAAACAUAGACUGUCCCUACCAGCUGUUAGUCCAAUGCAUGACAAAUCAAGAUCAGCAAAACGCAAGUCCCUACCAAAUGUUCUAGAAAAACCAAGUAGUUCUCCACAUACCAUUGAAGAUUAUCUAUAUGGGACUGGACCUUUGGAAGAAGAGGAUGAAGUUGUUGAUGGUGAUGGAACUGCAAUAGGAAAUGGAAAUAAAUCAGAGGACGAUGUUAUUGAUCCUGAGGAAGAUGAGCUUAAAAGAAGGGAAGCUGGUAUGGACCCUCGGCAGAGUGUAGGCAACAACCUGAUGUUUUCUGGUCGAGGAUGGUCGUCCUCAAUAGGCAGUGAAGGAACAGACACAUUUGAUGCAGCAUCACCCCCGAGAUCCAGUGCAGCCAUGAACAUUAACAACAGGCCCAAAUCGGAGAGUUUUGGUACCCUCCUCCAGAACUACACCCCUGCCAGCUCUCUCUCAACCAAGUCCAUAGAUGAUGUCCUGGCUACUCUCCCAGAAAGGAGGACUACAAUUAUCUCCCCUGUUGUCAGCUCUCCUAAUGAAGUAGAUACCGGGAUAGAAGGUUUUGAGGUCGUAGAAGGCUAUAACGAUCCUGACCCCGUUUUUUUAGGACAUGGUCACCCUGGUCGACCUGGUCACAGCAACACAGGAAAUGAGCUGUCGAGAAUGUGUCAGUUCUCCGAGAUCGCCAAUGAGAAAGGUUUGGAUGCCCAGAACUUCCAGUGUAAAGGAUGCUCCAGGUCCAUUGGUCUUAUAUUUGGCAAACCGCGUACGUGCAAGUUUGAUGGCUGGUAUUACUGCUACGAGUGUCACGAGAAUGAUGAAUACUACAUUCCUGCCCUCAUUGUACAUAACUGGGAUUUCCGAAAACAGAAAGUGUGUAAGAAGAACUUUGAGUACCUGCAAGACAAGGAGGAACAGCCAUAUAUUAAUGUUGAAGAUAUAAACCCACGACUGUAUGAACAUGUCCCAGAAAUGCUAGAAAUACAGAACCUGCGAGUUCAGCUCAUGCACCUGAAAACAUACCUGUUUACAUGUAAGCAGUCGAUAGCGGAGGACUUCCGCAAGCUCAUCUGGCCAAGGGAUUAUCUAUAUGAGGGGAGGGAACUAUACUCACUGGCGGACUUACUGCAAGUUCCAACAGGGUCACUAGCCAGUAGUUUACGGAAGGUCAUCAAAUUUGCCACCAAGCAUGUGUACAGUUGUCGACUGUGUAGCCAGAAAGGAUUUAUAUGUGAACUCUGCAACAAUCCCAAGGUCAUCUAUGCCUUUGAGAUGGAUGCUACAUUCAGGUGUCCCCAGUGUAAGACGGUUUUCCACAAAGCAUGCAAGACGGACAAUCGACCAUGCCCGAAGUGCCAGCGACGUCAACAUCGUCAAUCACUGCACGGAUCCAACAAACCCCUGCUUACACCGGACUAUGACUCACAUGUGGACCAAGUCUGAGGAAUAAUUUGGGGGUCUAACAGACAUCUUAUACAACAGACAACAUCACCCUAGAUUUUACCAUAGGUUACAAAAUUGGUAUGUGUGUGGGAUUUUAUGUUAGGUAUUUGUCAGUGUAGGGAAUGUGUGACCGUGAAGUUUCAUGCUAACUAGUUAUAACUGAACAUACAUAAUGAAGCUUCAAAUACGACUGUGAUAUUCUUUAAUAUUAUUUAAGCUUUUAUAUAUUUUUAUUCUGAACAUGACACCAAUGUCUUCCAUAAGAUAAUAAUCCUUGUUUUGUUUUCAUUAUGUUUGAUGCUUAAACAUGGAUUCAUAUUGGAGUUAUCCUUUGUAAGUUUGAGAACAAAACAUCAAGUCUCUUUAAUAGCAUAUAUUUACAUCUCAACUUAGUUUCCUUCAAUUAGUGGCCUUUUGAUAAUUUCAAAUAUGUUGAAAAGUGUUCAUUUAUGAUUUGUUAUAUGUAUUGUUGUUAAUAAGCGUUUCAAUUUUCUUAUGAAGUGAUUUUAUUUUGGGACUAUUUUUGUCUGUAGCAAUAAAAUGUGUAAACCGGUUGGUUCGAUCAAUUUUUGCAUGGGGGAGAAAGAAUUAAAUACUGUUAAGCUUCUGUUAGGUUUUCUUAAAUGAGAUAAAGUAUUUUAUUAACACUUGUGAAAAGAAAUAAACAUGGUGUAAAUACAAGUGUUAAAUUGUGUGAUUUAUGUCAUUUUCGGGGAUAUAAAUGCAGUUGUGCUGGUUUCAGUACACGUUGAGUUGACCACGCACUUGAACCAUCCCAACUGCAUUCAUACCCCGAAAGUGACUUCAUUCACAUAAUUUAUUCUUAAAUAUUGCUUUUCCUUUAGGCUUCUUUGGACAUUUCAAUAUAUAAUCUUUUGGGCAUUACAAGCAGGGUAUAAGCAGUAAUAUACAUGUAUUGUUUUUUGCAAAAUUGGAAAUGUUGUGACUUUAUACACUUUAAAUUGUCCAAUUUCAUGGAAUUGCAAGCCAUUUUGGUAUAAAAAUGUAUGUUAGCCACUGAUAGCUUAAAUGAAUGUUUCGGUGAUUAAUUUAUAUUUGUAUGUUUUAUGUCUAAAGGAUAUUCUGUUACUGGCAAUCAUAUAGAAAUGAGUGCUACAAAUGUUAUACAAAGAUUACUACCAUUUAUAUUAGUAACAAAUGUAUAGGUUAUGAGUUAUGUAUGUCUUUCCUUGAUACAUUGUUCAUUAAAUAAAUCAUUUGUUGACUAUUUAUUUGUUCC